GACACUUGCCUAUCUGUAAGCUAUAUGAGAACAGAAUCUUUCUGCGCCUCACUUAACAGAAUUACUCCACCGCUUAACAGAGCUUUUGCUCGUGUGUGUGUGUGUGUGAAAUGUGCUUUGCUAAUUUCACAAUUGAGCAAAACAAAGUUUUUUGAUCGCCAGCAAAAGAAAUUAAAAAACAAUUUCAACACAAUUGGCAAUUUUGAAAAGAGCAUAAAACACGGCCAAGCAGGCAACUUGGUCAGAUCGUCAACAAAUUACAGUAAGCAGCGGAAUAAGGAAAACGAGCUCGGACAGCCCAAAUAAAGAAAACAUGUCGUCGCCCUGGUCCAAGGUGAGCGCUGAGCCCGUACAGACAGCCAAUUUGGCGGACAUCAUGUCCGAGCAAUAUGCGCAUCGCCUGCACGACAAGGAGCUCAAGGAACAACAGCUAAGGCAAGAGAAACAGAUGCAGCCCGUGGCCACGCCCACGCCCAGUUACUCGAAUAUAGUGGACACAACAGCCAGUGCCAGCAGCAGCGAUGCUGGCGCCUGGGAGGAUUACUCCAUGCUCCUGAAUCUCGAAGAGGCGCAACAGCAGAAGGAACAGCUGCCGGGUGAUAUCUUAACGAUGCUGCAGAAUGAGGCCGAAUCGGAUGCGGUUAUAGCGCAAAUGCUGCAAUCCCAGUUCGAUCACGAGUACAACGAGGAGCUGCGUCGCAUCGAACGGCAGCAGAACAAACAGUCCAAGGUGACCGUCACGCUCAACAAAUAUUUGCGCAGCGGCGAUGCGGAAUUUCUGCACGACACCGAAGCGGACGAGGACUACGAGGAGGAUGAGCUGGCGCAUCGCAAGCACGACUGGGAUCGCUUUGAGACAAACGAAAAGAUACUGGAUGCCAUACCCAAGUGUGGCUUUAAGCUGGACAAAGAGGGCGAAAUGAUAACCAAGCACGAUCCACAGCUGUGCGGCGUGCGCAAUGCACAGCGUGUGAUGUCCUUUCCGCCAGAGUUUCCCACCGGCGAUGGCGCCUGCUUCGACAUGAAGCUGUCCAACAAGGUCUUCAAUCAGCUGAAGGCUUAUUCGCGACGCGGACGCGCCGAUCGCAAGGAGAAGGUGGCCACAGCUGAGAUGGGCGUCGAUGCGGCCACACGUCUGCUGCUCUACAAGCUGAUCAACAAUCAGAUACUGGAGCAAAUCAAUGGCAUCAUAUCCACCGGCAAGGAGGCGGUCAUACUGCAUGCCAAUUCCGAUGCCAGCUACACGGGCACCAAUGAGCAUGGACAUGGCAACGGGGUGCUGAUGCCCGCCGAACUGUUGCCCAAGGAGUGCGCCAUCAAGGUGUUCAAGACGACGCUGAAUGAGUUCAAGCAGCGGGAUCGCUACAUUAAGGACGAUUAUCGUUUCAAGGAUCGUUUCAGCAAACAGAAUCAUCGGGUCAUCAUCAAUAUGUGGGCGGAGAAGGAGAUGCACAAUCUGAUGCGCAUGCAGAGCAUUGGGCUGAAUGUGCCCGAUGUCGUCGUGCUAAAGAAGCAUGUCCUGGUCAUGCGCUUCAUUGGCGACAAUCACAAUGCGGCGCCCAAGCUGAAGGAUGCCCGCCUCAGUGCCGCCGAGCUGAGCUGCGCAUACGAGGAAAUCGUUGCCGCCAUGCACAAGCUCUAUAACGAGGCGAAGCUGGUGCACGCCGACCUCAGCGAAUAUAAUAUACUCUGGUAUGAGGGCAAGUGCUGGUUCAUAGAUGUUGCCCAGAGCGUGGAGCCGGAGCAUCCCAGCGGCCUGGAGUUUCUUAUGCGCGACUGCGCCAACAUUGUGCAGUUCUUUGAGCGACGCGGCCUGCCCAACAUCUACACCAAGGAGCAGCUAUUCGAGUUCAUCACAGCGCUGAAUGCCGAAACGCACAAUGCCGCCAUGCUGGAGCGCAUACAUACGCGUGGCGCCUCCAUCAACCAGGCGACGGUGCCCAAUCAGCUGGAGUGCCCGGAUGAGCUGAAGCCGCUCGAAUAUCCCUUCGAGCUGGCCUGGGAGAAGUCGCAGCAGGAACGCGAGGCGGCCGCAGCGCUGCGUCAACUGCAGCUAAACGAUGUGGAAGCGGAGCAAGCAGAUGAGCAACUGGAGCACACGGAGGAGCCCAAAACGAAGCUAAACAACGAUAACGACAACACUGCCAAAUGUGUCCAGUGA